AUGCGUGUGACUCUACUUUCGGCUGCUUUGGCAGCUUCCUUGGUCAACCCUGCUGUUGCGCAUGACCGCAAGACGAGGAAUUUCAUUUAUGUAGUUCCUGAUGGCUUUGGACCGGCGUCGCAGACUCUUGCUCGUGAUUAUCUCAACAUCAUCAAUGGCAAUGGGACGGCGGCGAGGCCCAACUCUGCUGCCAUUGGGGCCGAUAGCAUUGUAAUUGGAAAUGUUCGAACCCAAUCCUCGGAUGGACUUAUUACGGACUCGGCUGCAUCUGCGACUGCGUUUUCGUCUGGCCACAAGACGUAUAACGGCGCCAUUGGUGUUGAUGACGAUGUCAAGCCCCUGGGUUCGAUCCUCGAAGCUGCACACAUGAGCGGCUUCAAGACCGGUCUUAUCGCGACAUCCCGCAUCACUCACGCCACGCCAGGCGCAUAUGCAGCGCACGUCGCAUUCAGAGACUCCGAAAACGACAUUGCCAAUCACCAAAUCGGAUUCACUCAUCCGCUAGGAUCGGUCGUGGAUCUCCUCCUGGGCGGCGGCCGUCGUCACUAUCUCCCCAAGAAGGAGGGCGGCGUGCGAACCGACGACGUCAACUUGAUCAAUUGGGCCAAGGGCAAGGGAUUCAAGUACGCCUCGGACAAAUCUGACUUUGCGGAAUACACCAAGGGAAAUGGAAUAGUCCCUUUGCCGUUCCUGGGUCUAUUUGCGUCGAGCCACAUGGACUAUGAGAUGGAUCGCAAUCCUGAAAAGCAGCCGUCUCUCCUGGAAAUGACCCAAGUAGCACUGAAGACUCUCGGAAAGGCCUCUUCCAAGAGCAAGAACGGAUAUUUCAUCAUGAUCGAAGCCUCGAGAAUCGACCACGCAGCCCAUGCCAAUGACAUCGCCGCCCAUGUUCACGACAUCCUCAUGUACAACGAGGUGAUUGCUUACCUGAAGAAAUUCGUCUCCCAAAACCCCGACACCCAGCUCAUCUCUGCGGCUGACCACGAGACCGGCGGUAUUACCCUCAUAGACAAAUAUAACCCCGCCGUUUUGGCCAAGGCGACCCAAUCGACGGAAUAUCUCGAAGCCAAGUUCAGCAAGUACGAGGGCAGUGAUAAGGCGGCUUUCCUGAAGAGCACCAUCCUUCCUGCGUAUGGGCUGACGAAUGCGUCUGACGCGGAUGUCGAUCGAUACAUGGGUAUUUUCAAGAAAGAUGGCGUUACGAAGAUGGGGAUUGCCAUUUUGCAUGACUUUGCUGAAUCUGCGGGCAUCAACUGGUCGACUGAUUAUCAUUCGGCUGUGGAUGUUGUUCUGUAUGGUUUCGCGGUGGGCAAUGCGCUUACGCAGAUGAAGCAGCAGAUUGGGCGAAAUGUGAAUAACAUUGAGCUUCCUAGAUAUAUUGAGAAGGUACUCGGUGUUAGCUUGGACAAGACUACUCAGGCUUUGAGGAAGAAUGGAACGGAUUGGGUUGGGAAGAAUCCCAAGGCCGCGAAACGAGAGGCCAUGGAGGCGGCUGCGAAUCAUUUGCAUGGCCACCACUAA